ACUUAUAUUUUGUAUUCUCUUUUUUGCAUUUUGUAUUCUCUUUUUAUUUUUUCCCAAUAACGAGCUACAAACCAUAUCGACUUUUUCAUUGUCGUCCAUGAAUAUGAUUCCGCUGGCUCGGCAAUCCUCUGAUGACGAUAGACCGGCAGGUCUCAAACUGGCCAGAAAUCAAGGCAACAUGGCGCAGGGAUCUUUGUUUGCCAGAGACAUGUUUGGACGACGACCUUCCGCUGCGACCACCAGCACACCUACUGAUCAAAAACCUAAAAUGUCCUUUGACAGCGAUACCUCAGGCUCCAGAAACCUGUUUCAGGCACGAACAUCCAUCGACAGCCAUUCUCCUUCUGUACCGGCGCGAUCGCCAUUCCGUAUUAGAGAUUCACAAGCGUCAUUAUCCAGAAAAAAAUCAACAACUGACUCCAUAGCAUCACACACGAGUCAUCAUAAGCUAUCCAACGCUGGACCGUUAGAUAGUGCCUAUCAUUCCCACAGUACAAAGCACGCUCCGUCGAUCCAUACAGAUACAAUUCAAAAGAACGAGACUGACGACCUGACGGCUGAAUUAGUCCAUUUAUGGAAGGUGAAUCCUCCACCGACGCUUGACGCUGGAGUUUCGACCAAGUUACCCACCGUGACGGAAUCGACUGACGAUCUCUUGAUACAACUACUGGUGUCGCAGGCGAUGCUGGAUGCCCAUACGUUUGACAUUCUGUCAUUCGAUGAAGUGGAAAAAAUAAAAAAGCAAUACCAUGCGGUCCAGGAGCGACUCUCUGUGUUGCGACCACGGAUUGCUCUGGAAACAAGGAUCAAGGACAUCUCAAAGUCCUUGUUGCAUCUCAACGUGUCGAGUCGCGACUCGAUUAUCGCUUUGGAAGAUCAGGCUCAGGCGGCUGAGAAAAAGAGACAUGGAUUGACGGCUGAGUUUGAGAAAUUGACGGAUCAAGCCUACCACUUGCAAUGCAAGCUUUUAAGACAUACGGCUGGGGCUCUAAACCGAGGGUUAAAACGGAUAGAAGAGAGAAUGGCGAUGAUGAAACCCACCGACGAUGCCUCCCAAGUAAAUAUUGAUCUGGAACGACAAGUGACGGAAAUCCAAGACCUUGUAGCGUCCAAGAAUAAUCAAUUGCAAAAGCUGCAAGACCAAAUGGAUGUCGACCACCGUCGUGGUCAUGCAGGUUCCCACACAGACAUGAAUGAGUGGUUCAGUAAGCUGGAUACCAUACUUCAUCAGCACCAAACAGAAACCGACGCAAACCGACCGUCUUCGACCAACCAGAAUGAAAAAGAUCGUUCUGCGACACUUGUGGAUAGCAUUGAUCAUCAAUUCCAGACAUAUAAAUCCAAGAUUGCGGAACUGGAACGCCAAGUCGUCACGUUGCAGGAACGUUAUCAAGUCGAAUCCGCCUCUGACAAGAGGUUGGAAAUCCAGUUACGUGCCAUGGAAGAGAAGAAGAACGCCGUCGAACUUCGGUAUCAGGCAUUGCUCGAUAAAUCCCAACGAAGAUCCUUGGAUGAAUCCGACAUUGUCGGUCUCGGAAUCGGUCGAUCCGCCCGUGACAGCCAUCACGUCGAUCAAACGGUUGAACGUCUGGAGAAAAAGGUGGCCAAUGCAGAACAGGAGUUGAAAUCGCGUGAAAAGGAAUUUGAGGCGCAAAAAGAGGAAUUGUUCAACUUGAAAUCGCGACUCACGGAUUUGGAAGUACGUAACAGCAAGUUGGAAUCACAAGCGUCCAUUUCUGCCAGUCGCGAAAAAGCAUUGCAAAUGGAACUGAAACAAUACAAGGAUGAAGUGUUCACGCUUCGCACUGAAAAGGAACGAGGGGAACGCCAGUUCAAGCGUGAGUCGGUCCUCCAAAUGCUGGACGGUCAUGACAGUGUCAAGAUUCAAUAUGAGCAGCAAAUGGAAGAACAGGCUCAAGAAUACGAAGCACAACUAAAGGAACAACAAGCCUUGCUGGAAAAGACGAUGCGUCGAUGCGAGCAGCUGGAAGUGGAACAUGAGAAAUCGACCAUGAUAUGCAAGGAUCUUGAGGAUCUGGUCAAGGAUAAAUCUCGUAUGUUGGAUCGACGCGACGUGCAUAUCACCAAGCUCGAAAGUGAAUUACAAGAGUUGCGACAUCGGCCGCACAAGCCCGAUCAGGCGUUGGUCCAAUUGCAAGCGGCAUUUACGGCGCGUGAGGAAGACUGGAUCGCUCAAAAUGCAAAAAUGGAAGCCAACUUUGAAGGCAUUCUCAAAGAAUUUGAUCGCUUGACAGGGACCGCCAUGACAUUUGAGACGAGUCGCAUGAAAUACGAACGACGCAUUGAACAGUUGAUGCAGGAGAAGCAGCAGAUGGAUAAGGAGCUAAUUGAAGCUCGCAUUAACAAGCUGGGCUAUGUUACAACCGAUACACCGACCACCGCUUCCCUUCGUAAAGAGUUCCGUGCCCUGAUGAACGAUAUCAAGCUGGAGCAUCAACGCUCGUUGGAGAAGGAAUACGAAGAACAGCGACGACUAGAAAAACUACUCAAAGAUAUUCAGCACGACAAAGAAGUCUCCAAUUACCAGCGCAUGAACAAAGGAGUUCAAACCAACUUUAUUGUAGUAUAAUGCAUCAUAUAUUCCAUUAUCGCCUUUUAUCAUAUAAGUUACCAACCCGCUCGUUUAAAAUUUUUUAUAUUCCUUUAUUAUACUCCAAAAAUCAGCAGCAAUAAUAAAUAGUCAAAUAUUAAGUCUUUAAUAUUUUCCAUUUAUAACCUCCGUAAAAGAUGCUUCUUGCUUCAAGACACAAGUUAGCUGAUAAAAACAAG